CUCAAAUGUUGCAACUUCUAUUGCAGCUGCUAAAUUUUCAUCAAUGUAUGUUGUUUUCUCGCGAAACCUUUCCAGACAGCCUUCUCGCAGGAUUCCACCACUUCUCACUCAUCAACGUAAAGCCCAUUUUCCCACUGAAAUUGAUCUCGCCCACAACGACUUGUCUCCACAAAGUCUCUCUGGAAUCGCAAAAUCUGCGAUAUCUAAGUGUUUAGACAUCAGGGCUUCAAACAAAGGUGAUACAUCUACCACUCUCUUACUCAAAGAUUACAUUUUUAGACUCUCUGACAUAUCCCCUAAGAUAGUGCGUCGAUUUUGGAGAGUUUCUUCGUUAAAACCUCAAGAUGUUCUUGAGUUACUGGUGGGGUUUGAAUGUAGAAACGAGAAAUCUGAGAUUGAGGUUAGAAAGGUCGAAUCUUUGUGGGAAAUUUUCAAGUGGGCUAGCAAUCAAUCUAGAGAGUUCGAACAUUUACCUCGUUCGUGUAAUAUUAUGGCUUCUAUGCUCGUGCAGCCCGGGUUUUAUCGGGAGGUGGAGAACUUGUUGUCAAGGAGGGAAUGCCAAGGAUUUCUGUUGGAUUAUGAGGAAGUUUUCAGUGGUUUGAUUGAAGGGUAUGUGGGGGCAUUUGAAUUGGAUAGGGCUGUGUUGGUUUAUGAGAGAAUGAGGGGCCUAGGUUUAGUGCCGUCUGGGGCGAGUUAUCGAGCCCUGCUUAGGUAUUUGAUUGAGGUUGAUGCAGCACAGUUGACGUAUCAUGUUUAUGAUGAUAUGAUCAAUGUGGGGAUAGGAGGAAGUUUGGAGGAAAAAUGGAUUCACGAAAAUUUAAUUCGAAGGCUUUGUGUGGAUGGGAAAGUGCAGGAAGCUAGAGAUCUGUUUAGGAAGGUCAUGAGUUUUGGAAUGAAACCAAGUAGUUUGAUCAUAAGUGCAAUCGUUAGUGGGUAUUGUGAUAAGAAGGACUACGAUGAUCUAUUGAGUUUUUUCGCUGACUUUAAAGUUGUACCGGAUACUAUACAUGGGAACAAGAUUCUGUCUUCAGUGUGCAGAAACUUUGGUGUUGAGGAAGCAAGCGUGUUCUUGUGGGAUUUGGAAGAACUUGGUUUUCACCCUGAUGAAAUAUCGAUAGGUAUCUUGAUCGGGUCCAGUUGUCGUGAGAGGAGACUGAAGAAUGCUUUCUUUUAUAUGUCAGAUAUUGUGUCAAGAGGUCUCAAGCCGCAUCUGUAUUCUUAUAAUUCUCUGUUGAGUGGUUUGUUUAAGGAGGGUAUGUGGAUACAUGCUCGUGGCAUACUUGUUGAAAUGAAAGAUAUGGGAGUGGCUCCCGAUUUCUCUACUUAUAAGGUACUUGUGGCCGGAUUUUGUGAAGCUAGACAAUUUGACGAAGUAAAGGCAAUAGUUUGUGAGAUGUUGGAUCAUAGCUUAGUAAAACUCUCAGCAACGGAAGAUCCACUAGCUAAAGGAUUCGAGCUCUUGGGGCUGAGUCCAUUGAGUGUGAAGAUUAGAAGGGACAAUGACAAAGGAUUUACUAAAGCAGAGUUUUUUGACAAACUUGGUAAUGGACUCUAUUUACACACGGAUCUGGAUGAGUAUGAGAGAGCAAUUACUCAAGUUCUCGAUGAUGCCAUGAUACCGGAUUUCAACUCCUAUAUAAUGGAGAAAUUACACAGUUUAGACACAGAAAAUAUUCUCAUAAUGGAGGGUGAAAUGACACGGUGGGGCCAAGAAAUAUCUUUACCUGCCUUGUCUUCGUUAUUUUGUUGCCUCUGUCGAGCUCCCUUCAAUGCCAAGGUCAUUAACCAUCAUUUCGAGACCAUGCCCAAAUCAACUUAUCUACUCGAUGAAAGCACUUUAAAUUUGCUUGUUCGGACUAACUGCAUAAUGGGAUACACUUUAAGGGCAAGGACACUUUUUGAUGGUAUGACACGAAGGGGUUACAAAAUUGAUAAUGGUACCUACUCUGCGUUGUUGGUUGAUGCAUGCAAAAAAGGUGACUUGGCGAGCCUUCACUUCUACUUGAAUCUUGCACGCAAAUCUAAUUGGUUGCCUGAAGUGAAAGAUGGAAAGGCCAUUCUGCGUCAUCUCUGCAAGAACGAGUUGUUAAGUGAGGCACUAGAGUUAUUUGAGGCCAUGGUCUUUGUCAGCUCUUGUGACAGUUUGGAUAUUUUUGACUCAUUACUUGAAGGACUUUGUCGUCAAGGAUUCACUGGUACUGCUUGUGUUUUGAUAGACGAGUUUUCAAAGCAAGCCUCCUUGUCUUAUUACCACAUACCUUAUAGUCGUAUUGUGAGUGGGUUUUGUCAAGAGAAAAGGUUUGCAGAAGCGUACAAGGUUCUCGAAACUAUGAUCCCUAAGGGCCUGCCUCCGCCUAUGGACGCAUUGACUCGCUUAAUUUCUCACUUGUGCAGGACUAAUUAUGAGAAUGCUGUUGAACUGAGAAAUAUGUGCUUGAGGAAUCAGACUUCUGCACAGCUCCCUUUCCACUCUGCUUUCGUGAAUGGGCUCUGCAAGUUGGGAAGGUUUGAAGAAGCAGCUCGUAUAUUCAUGGAAGUGAAGGGCUUAGUUCUCGAUGCUGAGAUGUGUAACUCUUCCAUUACAGGCUAUUGUCAACGAAAUAACUUGAAGAAAAUUCGAGAGACCCUCGGGGUAAUGAUACGAAAGGAUUUAAGUAUCUCCCCUUCUAGUUACAGUAGCAUGGUACGCCUCAUAUGCAGAGACGGAAAGUUCUCUCUUGCACUGAGCUUGAAAGAGCUCAUGCUUCGAGUAACUUGCAUCCCAGAGCUCGUGCUGUAUAAUAUUCUGAUAUUUCACAUUUCAUCGAGGCGGAAGACAUUGGAUACAGUGAUUGGUGCUCUUCAAACCAGAGGACUACAAUUUGAUGAUGUUACUUUCAAUUUUGUCAUUCGAGGACUCCUGUUGCAUAAAGACGUAUCACACGCUCUUCACUACCUGACAACUAUGAUGAGGAAAGAUCUGAAGCCAACUAAUCGUACGCUACGAGGAGUUAUCAAUUCUCUCUGCCAUGAAGGAGAACUUGAGCCAGCCUUGAAUUUGAGUCGAGAAAUGGAAUUGAGAGGUUGGAUCCAUGGUUCGGCCAUUCAGAACGAUAUUGUUGAGGCACUUCUCAGUAAGGGUCGACUUCAUGAAGCAGUAGGAUUUCUUGACAGAAUGGUGUUGAAAGGUUUGACACCGAACCACAUCAAGUAUGAUAGGUUAAUCAAACAAUUUUCCCAGUAUGGCCGUGUGGAUAAAGCAGUCAACCUUUUGAACGUUAUGCUGCAGAAAGGAAGCCAUCCGGAGGCCACCAGCUACGACUGCCUCAUUCAAGGUUUCUGCAAUGGCCAAAAGUUGGAUGCUGCUCUGGAUUUUCAUAAGGAGAUGCUGUGUAGGGACUUAAAACCGAGUAUGACUACUUGGGACACUCUUAUUAGUGCAUUGAGUGCAGGCGGUCGAGUGGUGGAAGCAGAAGAUCUGCUUAAAUCCAUGAUCCAGUUAGGUGAAACUCCACAGCGUGAGGCGUUCAACUGCGUGAUUAAUAGAUACCGGUCAGAGAAGAACAUUAGCAAGACGUCGGAGCUCUUGAAAGUGAUGCAGCAGAAGGGUUAUGAGCCAGACUUUGACACACAUUGGUCUCUGAUAAGCAACUUGAGCCAUUCUACUAAGAAAAAUGGGGGCAGUUUCCUGUUGAAUCUUCUGUCCGGUUUCAGCUCUGCAGGGAAGAACAACUCCAGAACUGGCUGAUGCAAGCAUACAAGACAAAUGUGGCGUGCAACGAAAACCUAGCUAAACUUCAAGCUGGCUAUCUCUUUCUCGAGAUAGAAAGAUGGAGAAAUGCACACAUUGCUAAAAAUGCAGAUGCUAAAGUUAUCAGCCUUGGAAUUGGUGACACAACUGAGCCAAUUUCAGAAGUCAUUACUUCUGCCAUGUCAAAGGUGAGAGGGUUUCUGGGGCAGGGGCAGCUGGAGAGUGCUCUGGAAGGUAUGGAUCUUGUGAUCAUACUUGCUGGAGUUCCGAGGAAGCCGGGGAUGACAAGAGACGAUCUGUUCAAUAUCAAUGCCGGCAUGGUUAGGACACUGCCACUGCAUUUCCUAGAGCUGCCCUAACGCGCUCAUUAACUUGAUCAGCCACCCAGUGAACUCCACUGUCCCCAUUGCAGCUGAGGUAUUCAAGAAUGCUAGCAUCUAUGACCCCAGAAAGCUCUUGGGAGUCACCAUGCUUGAUGUUGUUCGUGCCAACACGUUCGUGGUGCUGUGCUUUUAGCCUUGAAUCGUUCAUUUCGAGACUCAGUUCAAGAGUUUAGCUUCAUGGUUAGGAUAUAGUUUCAACUGAGCUGAUGUAUGUUCUUUUACUAAAAUGGAUUUUAGGCUGAAUUUUGGGACUUGAUCCUAGAGAGGUUAGUGUUCCUGUUGUUGGUGGGCAUGCUGGAGCACAAUUCUGCCCCUUCUCUCACAGGUGAAGCUUCCUUGCCCAUUGAC